GGUCCCAUAGAUUACAGCUCAUCUCAUUGGUCAACAGGCUCAGGAUCAGAUCACACACAUACUCGCGCACCUUCACUCUCCUUCCUAUACCGCUGCUUGCCGCUGCAGACGGAGAACGCGGCGAGUCGUGUUGAAACAAGACGAUAGUUGCACAUUUCAAGUCUUUGGAAUCUGUGGCAGGAUGAAGCACGGACUGUAGUGUUCGCGUCAGGCGCGAGGACCGAACUAGCGCGUGAUUCUCCACUGGAGUACAUACAGAGUUGAGGACAGGCGCACUUGUCCGCUGUUUCUCGCACUCUAUAUGGAGGGAUGUCGGGAUGGCUUGCACCAGGAGAACCAAAACUUUGGUGUCUACGUGUGUGAUACUAAGUGGCAUGACCAACAUAGUGUGUCUUUUGUACGUCGGAUGGGUGACUAAUUACAUCGCUAAUGUGUACAUCAAAGUGCCGAUGCCUGUCCCAGCCAAAAAGUUGGAAGGCGACAGGAAAGGAGAAACUCUGCGGAUUAUAGAGCGACUGGAUCGACUGGAGAACGUAGUCAAUCAGCAUAUACAAGGGGAAUGCCAACCGUCUCUCUGUUUGACCCUCACAGAGUCCCCGCUGAAAGGAGAUGACAAUCAAGUAGAUCGAUCUUUUGCUGACUCAUCCUUGUUCAACCACUGGGGCCAGGAUCUGGGGCCAGAGAGUCGCCGAGUGGCCCUCAAGAUGUUUCAGUAUUACGGCUACAAUGGUUACCUCAGCGACCGCCUCUCCAUGGACAGACCAAUCCCAGACUACAGGCCUGAUGGGUGCAAAAACAUGUCUUACCCAUCCAACCUCCCGCAGGUUAGUAUAGUCUUCAUCUUUGUGAAUGAGGCACUCUCAGUCAUUCUGCGCUCCAUCCAUUCGGCCAUGAACCGAACCCCCCACCACCUGCUCAAAGAGAUCAUACUGGUAGAUGACAACAGCAAUAACGACGAGUUAAAGGAGAAAUUACAGGACUUUGUGAAGGAGACCAACGCCAAGCAGCCCGGUUUCAUUAAAGUGGUGCGGCACAGUAAGCAGGAGGGGCUGAUCCGCUCACGUGUGAGUGGCUGGAGAGCUGCCUCUGCCCCUGUGGUGGCCCUGUUUGACGCCCACGUAGAGUUCAACACUGGCUGGGCAGAGCCUAUUCUCCAAAGGAUCAAAGAAGAUAGAACCAGAAUUAUAUCCCCAUCUUUUGACAAUAUCAAAUAUGACACAUUUGAGAUUGAGGAGUACCCACUCUCUGCUCAGGGCUUUGACUGGGAACUGUGGUGCCGGUAUCUGAACCCACCAAAAUCCUGGUGGAACUUGAACAACAGCACUGCUCCAAUCAGGAGUCCUGCCCUGAUUGGCUGCUUUGUGGUGGACAGGCAGUACUUUGCAGAGAUCGGCCUGCUGGAUGAAGGCAUGGAGAUUUACGGAGGAGAGAAUGUGGAGCUGGGUGUGAGGGUGUGGCAGUGUGGAGGAAGUGUGGAGGUGUUGCCCUGUGCCCGUAUCGCCCAUAUCGAGCGCGCCCACAAACCCUACACGGAGGAUCUUACUGCCCACGUGCGCAGAAAUGCUCUGAGAGUGGCUGAAGUGUGGAUGGAUGAGUUUAAAAGCCACGUCUAUAUGGCCUGGAACAUUCCACAAGAGGACUCAGGGAUAGACAUCGGUGACAUCAAGGAAAGGAAAGCACUGAGGAAAAAACUGCAGUGCAAGACCUUCCGCUGGUAUCUAGUGAACAUUUACCCUGAGAUGAGAAUGUACACAGACACCAUCGCAUACGGAGUGCUGAGAAACUCUCUGAAGACUGACUUGUGUCUCGACCAAGGGCCAGACACUGACAACAUUCCCAUCCUUUACCUCUGUCAUGGGAUGACACCUCAGAAUGUAUACUACACCAGCACUCAGCAGUUAUUCGUGGGCAUCUUGAGCCCCACCAUUGACGACGAUGACAACAAGUGCCUGGUGGAUGUGAACGGCCGGCCACGGCUCAUUGAGUGCAGCUACGCUGUGGCUAAACGCAUGAAGCUCCAUUGGCAUUUUACUCAGGAAGGCUCCAUCCAGAAUACAAAGUCAAAGCGAUGCCUCGAACUCGUGGAGAACAAUGACAACGAGUUCGGAUAUCAGCUGACCCUCCAAAAAUGCACUGGCCAGAACUGGACCAUAACCAAUAUGUUGCCUGGUAGCACCUUAUGAUGGUACCGUCGAGACUGAGGAAUAUGUGGAACUAGGACUGCAUCAAGAAAUUAUGGAAAGUUUAAGCACCUGGAUGUCUCUAUUUGACUUUGACAUCAUAUGAUAAAUGUUAAACAUUUUUCCUAGCUACUGUACUUGUGCAUAUCGAUAAGCCACAUUUGGCAGAUAUUGCAUUGUGUAUAAUGAGGUUCUACACUGUACUGAGAUUUAUUUUGUGCAAGGUAUAAUUGGUUUUGUCUUGACUUGAAGGUUGUACCGGCUCCAAUGCACACAUUGAAGCCAUAAUUGCUACUAUGUAGCAAAGCUUUGGCAACGUUCUUGCUGUAUUUAUUUCUAGUGUCUCAGGUUUGUAGGUUGAGAUUAUUUUGAAAUAACUCUGUACAUUUUUGGGACAUGCCAAUAUGUUGGAACAUAUCUAGAUACAAUCAACUGUUUUAUAUCCACGUGUACAGUGAAUAUUCUCAGUAUUUAUAAUUGACAACAGUAAAAAGAACAAAUGCUAUGACAAAUUGUGAGUUUGCUGUUCUACGUUUUUCUGCACAAGACCUUGUAGCAUCAUUCUUGUAAGCAGAGACACAGCUGUAGUUGUUAUGACAGGUUAGGUAAUUCCUCGCAGUGUCAGUGCUUUGGUUCAGCAGAUGUGCUCUCUCUAGACUACAACUCACCGUUUGUUACUUCAGCUACAUGGCAUACAAUAUAUAUUCCUUGAAGCUCACACAGUAGCAUUGGUUCUUAACUUGAGGAACUGGUGAAUACAAUCAAUUUUGACGUCAAUACCAUGGGGAAAAACUGCCAUUUAGUCAUAAUUUGGCGGAAGGUAUAUUAGGCUGCUGUCACUUUAAGACCUGACGCACGGAUCCAAUAUACUGUUACGCAUGCAUGUUUAUGAUCACUAAAAACAUAACCGACUGUGUUUAUGUGAAUACUCGCCAAGGCCGCCAUUUUGUCAUUGUUUUGUGUGUAUUUGACUGUUUAAGUACAAUAUAUAAGCAGCAAAAAAGAACUUAGUACUGAGAUCACACAGUGUUUUAUAGCAUUGGUUCUUAACUUGAGGAGCUGGUGAAUACAAUAAUUAUAACUAACCAUAUAGUUCUGCACAAUGGCAAAAUAAAUAUCUCUCUCAGUUUUUA